CGAUUUAUAAAAUGCUCGUUUGUCGCUGCCGGCGCGUCGGCGUCUUUCAGUCAAUAUAUAUGCUUCGUUAUCAGGUCUGAUAGUUCAAGUUAUAUCAGAAUCGCAUUUAAACAACAACGAAAACGUAUAACGCAUCAUGAGCGGCAACACAAAGCGAACCAUUUACGUAGGUGGUCUGGCCGAAGAGGUCGACGAAAAGGUACUGCACGCAGCGUUUAUACCCUUUGGAGAAAUCGUCGAUGUUCAAAUACCAUUGGACUAUGAGUCUGAAAAGCAUAGAGGAUUUGCAUUCAUUGAAUUCGAAAUGGCAGAAGAUGCAGCUGCAGCUAUAGAUAAUAUGAAUGACUCGGAAUUAUUUGGCCGAACAAUAAGGGUAAAUAUUGCUAAACCGCAAAAGAUAAAAGAAGGUUCAUCAAAACCAGUAUGGGCGGAUGAUGCUUGGUUACAAGAACAUGCAGGGGAGACAUUGAAAAAUGAUGAUAAUACAAAGACAAAUGAUGUUACGCAACCAAAGAAAGCAAAGCAGAAUCCUCAGGUUUAUUUCGACAUAAGCAUAGGAAAGCAAGAAGUAGGUAGAAUUAUUAUGAUGUUACGAGCAGACAUUGUGCCAAAGACUGCAGAAAACUUUCGAGCUCUGUGUACGCACGAAAAAGGAUAUGGAUAUCAGGGUAGCACCCUUCAUAGAAUUAUUCCAGACUUUAUGUGUCAAGGAGGCGAUUUUACGAAUCAUAAUGGUACAGGUGGUAAGUCGAUCUAUGGCAACAAAUUCGACGACGAAAAUUUUGAACUCAAGCACACAGGUCCAGGGACCUUAUCAAUGGCAAAUUCCGGCCCAAACACUAAUGGAUCGCAAUUUUUCAUGUGUACAGCCAGAACGGAUUGGCUGGAUGGAAAGCAUGUCGUCUUUGGGCAUGUCCUUAGUGGAUUAGACGUGCUCAAAAAGGUUGAAAAAUGUGGAACAAAAGCAGGCACACCGACGCAAAAAGUCGUGAUAACUGCUUGUGGGGAAUUAGUGUAGCUAUAUUUUUAUGUAUAUAAAAUAUUUUCUAAUAAAUUAUGAUUUGUAUAAACAAUUCGCAAAACAUU